UUAGAAAUUUUGAAAAUUUUUCAAUUCAAGCAUUUUGGUGGAGCGGACAGCACAGAUUUGAGAUGGCUCAACGCUGUACUGUAACUACUAUCAACGAUAUGGUUGACUCUUUAGUAAAAAGUGCAAACGAAGACAAGGCAGAAUAUCAUGAAAAACUAUCGGUUUUGAGACAGUACGUCUUGAAGCACAAUCUUCCUUCAAACACGAGUGAAGAAGACUUGGGCGAAAAAGGUUAUUCUCUUCGUGCUACUGUUUGGAAGACUUUGAUGGGAGUUGGUAAAAUUGAUGUAGGAGAAUAUGAAAGUCUAGUUCUUAAAGGUCCUUCAAGAGAGCACUUACGUAUUCGAGAGGAUGCUUUGCGAACUUUUCGUCAUGAUAGUGAGUUUCAAACGCGAGUACCUGAAGACAAGUUGGUUCGGGUAUUAAGCGCUUUUGUUCACUGGAGUGAACGUACAUCAUUUCACUAUCGAGGUGGAAUGAAUUGCCUUUGUGCACCCUUUUUAUACGUUAUGUCGGAACCAGAAGCUUUUUUCUGCUUCCGUACACUGAUAUCAAAAUAUGUUCCUCAGUAUGCUAAAUAUGACAAAGCAAUAGAUGCAUCUGGAGCCAAUCUUGGUUGUAGAAUUCUAUCCAAUUGUCUUCGACAUAUAGAGCCAGACCUAUUUCAUUAUUUGGAAAGACACGGUCUUGCAGAUGCUACACUUUAUGCCUUUCCAGCAGUUUCAACUUUGGGAGCCAAUGUGCCUCCUUUAGCUGAAAUAUUGCGUUUAUGGGAUGUUCAAUUGGGGUUUGGAGCUCAUAUGAAUAUUUUGUUUACCUUGGCAAGGUUGUGCAUUUCGAAAGAUGAGAUUAUGGCUUCAACUAAGCCUAUGCAAGUUGUCAAUAGUUUAAUAGGACCCAGGAGAUAUGAAAAUGGUCAAGAAAAUAAUGCGGAAAUUAUCAUUGCUAAAGCCAUAGCUAUAGCAAAGCAACUUCCCGAAGAUUUUUAUUGGCAACUUUGUGAACACACACAACAUAGCAUAAGCAUGCCAAGAAUUCCUGUUUAGAAAAAUGUUGAAAGUUGUCACUUGUAUAGAAACUAUAAAUGUAUUUGGAUAUCU